AUGAUACCUUUUUCUAAAUAUAGUCCAUGUUUUGCCUUACAGCAAAGACGGUGUCAUCUCCGACAACCUUACCACCUGCAACAACCUUACCACCUGCAACAACCUUACCACCUGCAACAACCUUACCACCGGCACCAACGUUAUCACCUGAAACACCGUUAUCACUUGCAACGACUUUAUCACCUGCAACAACCUUACCACCUGCACAAACCUUAUCACCUGCACAAACCUUAUCACUUGCACCAACCUUAUCACCUAAAACAACCUUAUCACCUGCAACAACCUUACCACCUCCACAAACCUUACGACCUGCACAAACCUUAUCACCUGCAACAACCUUACCACCUGCACAAACCUUACCACCUGCACAAACCUUACCACCUGCACCAACCUUACCACCUAAAACAACCUUAUCACCUGCAAAAACCUUAUCACCUGCAACAACCUUACCACCUGCACCAACUUUAUCGCCUGAAACAACUUUAUCACCUCUAACAACCGUAUCACCUCCAACAACAGUGACCAUGAAUAAUUCUUUGGAUGUUGAAAGAAAGGAU